GUAAGACGAGAUUUGACAUCUUUUGUUUUUUUUCUUCUCUUCAUCUUCUUCGGUUUAUCAUCGACUCGCCGCCGGGAUGUCGCCGGUGCCGGAAAACAUACCUCUCCUGUCAACGGUGAAUCCGUCCACAAGGACUGCUUCGGUCUCCGGCGCCGUGUUUAAUGUCGCGACCAGCAUAAUUGGCGCUGGAAUCAUGUCGAUUCCCUUUGCUCUAAAGGUGCUCGGCAUAAUCCCCGCCCUCGUCCUGAUCGUGUUCGUCGCUUUCUUGACUGACAUAUCGGUGGAGCUUUUGCUCAGAUUCACACAUUCCGGCGACUCGACGACCUAUGCUAGCCUGAUGAAGGAAUCGUUCGGCACAAUUGGUUCGGUUGCUACGCAAGUCUGUAUCAUGAUUACCAAUCUUGGUUGCUUAAUUAUGUACCAGAUAAUAAUAGGGGAUGUAUUCUCCGGUAACAAGGAAGGGGGACAAGUACAUUUGGGAGUUUUGCAAGAAUGGUUUGGGAAUCACUGGUGGAACGCCAGAGAGUUCUCUAUCCUGUUCACUGCCGUCUUCAUUCUACUUCCUCUGGUUCUUCUCCGACGAGUCGAUUCUCUGAGAUUCAGUUCGUUCGUGUCAUUUGUUCUGGCCGUGGUUUUUGUUGGGAUAAGCUCUGUAAUGGCGAUCAUAGCGAUCGUUCAAGGAAAAACGAAGAGCACCAGAUUGGUACCGGAGCUGGACAACGAAACCUCCUUCCUCAACCUCUUCACAGCUGUACCAGUCCUUGUCACAGCCUUCACUUUCCAUUUCAAUGUUCAUCCGAUAAGUUCUGAGCUUCGAAAGCCAUCGAGCAUGAUCACUGCAGUUCGGAUCGCACUCCUUCUCUGCGCCGUGAUCUACUUCCUGAUCGGGAUUUUUGGGUAUCUCCUGUUUGGGGACUCGUUAAUGUCGGAUAUUCUGAUGAACUUUGAUGAGAGUGUUGAUGCAACGGGGGCUUUGUUGAAUGAUGUGGUUCGAUUAAGCUAUGCAAUUCAUCUGAUGCUGGUUUUCCCUGUGCAAAACUUCCCACUGAGGUCCAACAUCAAUGAAUUUCUGUUCCCAAAUAAGGAGGCUUCUUUGGUGACAAAUGAAAGAAGGUUUAUGGGCAUUACAAUGGCUUUGUUGGUUUUCUCCUACCUGGCUGCAAUAACAUUCCCAAAUAUAUGGUACAUUUUUCAAUUCAUGGGCUCAACUUCAGCUGCUUGUCUCGCCUUCAUCUUUCCUGGCGCUAUUGCACUCAGGGAUGUGAAUGGAAUAGCAACAAGGAAGGAUAAGGUGGUUGCUUCCAUAAUGGUAAUUCUGGCGAUAGUGACUAGCAUUAUUGCCAUUUCUAUAAACAUAAAUAAUGCAUUGAAAAACUAAAGUAUUAUAGAUUGUUUGGAAUGGAAGCUCAAAUUAUUUAUUUUUGGAGAUGGUGAUCAGUUGUAUAGUUUUUAAAUAUUUUUUCCCCUUUUCUUCGUUCGUAUAAUAAAUCGAACAUAUAUGUGUUUUCGUUUUUUAUAAUAUAAUCCAACAUUAGU